GUCACCAGGUGUCGCCAGGUAUUCUGAACAGCGGCCAUUUCCACUUCCAGGUGUUUAUAUUUCGUGAAAUAAGGUCAUAGGUAUUGUUUAAAAUUUAUAGAUAACCGACACAAAACUGGCACGUGAAAAUGGGGAAGGCGUCUAUAUCCCUCUAUGGAACCGCCCUGGUUACGAUCGUUGUAAUGUCCUCCUUGAUCAGCACAGGGUCAGCCUUGAGCUGCUACAUCUGCAACUCCACCCUCGAUCACAACUGCCAGGAAAAGUUCAACCACGACAGCCCGGUGGCUCUAGCCAAGAAGCGGGACUGUAACAUGUGGGGUGCCAAGUUCUGUAUCAAGGUGACGGGGCUCUGGGGAGGUAUUGUUGGCACUCAUCGGUUCUGCAGUUCCAGAGACUUGGGCUACCAAUGUCAGGACAUUUGGUACCCUGACCACGACCGCAUGUACCGCGCCUGUGUCAACACCUGCUCUGCCGACAACUGUAACGCUGCCAGUCAGAUGACGGUGACAUCACUCGGGGUCGUCCUAGUAGGCUGGUUGCUGCAUCGACUAUUGUGAUUCAUGAAUAACUUUGAUCUUGAACUACUUUUUAUAAUCCUGAAGUAAUAAGACUGAUGAUAUUAUUUCUGAAAUAGCCAAUCAGGCUUCAAAACAAGUUUAUGAACUUUUUGCUGAAUUAGCAUUUUGAUCAGUGUUUUGUUCAUUUAAUACUUAUGAUCAUUUAAAUAUAUGCAAGAACAUGGAAAUCACAAUGACAGUUCAUCACAUCUUUAUCUCAAAUAGGUGAACAAGGGAGAUAAUCAGACAUCUUACCUUCAUUUUCUGACAAGGGAGAUAAGUUUGAAAUCCUCAUCUCAAAUCAUGACCAUCAUCUUUUACAUCCCUGUGUGAGAAGUUGUACAUAGCUUCCUGACUCACUGUAUAUACCCAUUACCUGUACAUAGGUGUGAUUGGCCUUGGGCCCAGCUGGGAGGGUGCUGACUGAUCAGUAGAUGCUGUGACUUAGUGACAGUGUAUAUUGUGAAUAUUUCUCAGCUAUCUGUGAUCACAUGAUAAGAGUGACCACACAUAUUUGUCCGGAAAAUUGUUUGUUUACUUGUGAAUUAUUGCUGCAGUUUCAGUCAACUUACAUAGUUCGAGGUUGAUGUAAAUUGAAAGGGAACUAGAAAAUGAUUUUGUGUUUAUGCAGUGAGAUGAACCUCGAGGGAGCCAGCACCUGAAAACUCUGGAGCUCUCCUGGAGCCAUUGUCACAGAAACUAUAGGAAAAUAACAUUUUCAUAAAUGCCAUUUUUCAAUGGAUCCCUCCUCGGCAGCUAUCUCUUAUAUCAUAUCAUUUUAUUCCAUCAUGAAGCAACAAUUCGCUCUUGUAAUUACCAUCACUCAUCCAUAAUGAACAAAAAUAUCCCAAAACUUCAAAGCAAGUCUAAAUAAUUCGGCAUGUCUAGAUUCCUACAGUUUCUGUAAAUGAAAGAGAAACACAUUUCUAUGACAUGGUAAAUGUCAACUUCACCAGACUAAUGUCAACAUGUUUUUAUCGCAGAUGUUUAAGUAAUAUUAGUGAAGCAGCACAUGCAGGCUUGUCGUAUGCUCUCCUCCCAUCCUUAGAAACAGGUGACGUUUCCGUAAUCUCACAUUAAUCAGAUUCCCAUUCUUAGUUGAUUGCCCCAGAUAUUGGUAAAAAAAUAUUAAAAAGUCCAAUUCCAGGUUUCAACCAUCAUGUACCUACAAAGACAGAGUGUAUGAAAUGGCUUUGUUGUAAUCACAUGUAUUAGUGUUACUGUCUAAUUUAGAAAUAUUUAGUUAAAUCUACAAACUGACCUAUAUUGGUUUGUAAUAAGUAAAACAAUCAAUGCCAGCAAGUGUCCCGGUGGUGUGUACUGAAGAUGGGAUCUAUUUGCCCUGCUUCAUCUCAGCAGUAGAACUAGAAAAGUGUACUACCGUGUGGUUUGUUAGUGGAUGGUGGGGCAAACACUUGUAAAGAGGAGGUGGGGUUUUUAACUUCGGUAAGGUAAAUGAUCUGAUUCAAUAAACAUGCUUUGUAAGAAUCAUUGCCAGGCUUAUGCUAAACAGAUAUUGUUCUAUGUAGACCUCACUUGUUCAUAACAUAGCAGGUGUACGUCCUUGUAUCUAUUGUCCCCAUGGUGAUCACCCAUGCGUUAAGGGAACAGAACCUGCUACAGAGAAGCUGGCCAGUAAGCUAAAGAAUUCUUGAGAAUUUUAUUUUAAUACUGGUGCAGGGGUCAAUAAAUUGUUUUGUUAAGAUGAAACAAGUGUUCUACCUUCAAGUUUUUUGUGUUUUGGGUUUAAAAGAGAAAUGACAUUUGGCAGGUUUUGCACGGACGAGGCAGAGUCACAUGUUCUUUCCGGGUGUCUGCCCCUCUGUUACCUUGGUAACGGGGUGGUGCUGACCCCCUAUUCCAGCAUCCCCUUCACCAUCACUGCCUCCCAGUCAGCUGUAUGUCAGUGUGACUUUGACUUUGUUGAUGAAAAAUUACUUUUUUCACUGGUGGUUAUAUAAAAAAUACUUUCAGUCAAGCAGAGAAAAAAUUAAAUCCUGUUUGUUUUUAAAAUCACUGACAAAUGACAGGCUAAUGUGUAAAAAAGUGUUUUAAUGGGUUGUGUCUGGUCUUGUUAGUAUUUCACACAGGUACUUCAAGCUGUCUUGUUGCCAUGGUUGCUCCUGGGGUUCAAUAUCAUGUAGAUAUCUUUCAGCUCUAGAUUCCGCAAGUGAUUAGCAAUAUUAUGUAAAUAUGUUACAUACAAGUCUAAUUUUUUACUACUUGAUGUAUAGCAAUAUUUUUUAUGAAUAAAUUUGUAUCAAUAUUUA